UUGAUUGGUUUAACUAGCUAAAUUACUCAAUGAUAUAUUUGAAGUACUCCGCAGUAAUCAAUAUGGCGGCAUUCAUGACAUACACGCGACUUUUACGCUUCCGUUUACAGUCAAUACAAAUCGGCAGUUAUAGGAGUAAAUACGUUGUCUUAUUGCCUGAAAUUCCUGAAGAUACACCAGAAACGAAUUCGUUGUUAAGGGACGAUGUCUUGCCGCAAUAUUCUCAGUUAAAUAUUGAAAAAUGUGUCCAUGCAGUAGGAAAGUUUAUUAUUAAUUACGAAUCCGGUAUUUGUAAAUUAGAAGAAAAACUGAAAGAUGGUAAACAAGAGAAAACAUUCGAUACUGUUAUAGAACCUAUUGAAAAGCUUUCGGUACCAUUAGAGAAAGCUUGGAGCACUUUAAAGAACAUAUACAUGACAAAAUGUGACGAAGAAUCCAAUAAAGCUUAUUUAAAGCUUCAUCCUCGUGUUCAGUCGGCAAAAUUUCAGCGUUUUCAAAGUCUACCAAUAUAUCAUGCAAUGAAGGAAGUUAACGCAAAUAGAGAAAAACUAACGGAACCACAGAAACGAGUAGUCGAUAAAUAUUUACUAGAAGCAAGACUGAGCGGAAUUGAUCUCUCAGAUUACAAUCUUCGUCACUUUCAAACUAAUGCGAAAAAAUUAAAAGAGAAUAAGGAAAGUUAUAGGAAGAAAAUUGAAACAGCAACAAAAAUAUUUUCUCAUACGGUAACAGAUCCCAAUAUUAUUAAAGAUAUGUCAGAACAAACGUUAUCGAUAAUGUCUGUUGACAGAACUAGUCCCAGGCGAGGACCUUGGGUGGUAACACUAAAUCCAUUUAUUUAUUAUCCGUUUAUGGAAUAUUGUGAAGAUCGUUUAGAGAGAUGGAAUGUCUGGCGUGCAUUCAAUUCGAGAGGAUCGCGGGAAGAUAAAACUCUGUCUUGUAGUCUUGAAAUUGAAGAAAUGAGAUUUCUUAGGAAUGAUCAAGCAAACCUUCUUGGAUACGAAACAUAUGCUGAUAUGUCUAUGGAAACAAAGAUGGCAAACAGCGUCCAGAAUGUACUUUCCAUGAUUGCAACUAUUCAUGCAAAAAGCAAAGCAACAACAGAAAGGGAAUUAAAUGAAUUACAAGAAUUUGCCUCGAAAAAUAAUUUUACAGAUAAAUUGCAAGUUUGGGACAUUCAUUAUUGGAAGAGAUGGCAAAAGGAGGAACUCUACGGUUUCGACGAGGUUCAAGUUCGUCAAUAUUUUCCUCUUCCGGUCGUUCUGAAUGGACUUUUUAAAUUUGUUGGUGAAUUAUUCGAUAUAACGAUACAGGAAAAGACUGCAGAUGUCGACACUUGGCACGAAGAUGUCAAAUUUUAUGAAAUUAUCGAUAAUGCUGGGAAUUCGAUAGCAUUCUUCUACUUGGAUCCGUAUAUGAGGAUACCAGAAAAGUUAUAUGGAUCGUGGAUGGAAGUUGGACAAAAUAGAAGUAGCAUCGUCGGUACAAUUCCAUUUGCAUAUUUAAUUUUCAAUUUUCCCCGACCAUUACCAAACAGACCGUCUUUAUUAUCAUUCCAAGAUGUUCAAACAUUAUUCAGAAAGUUUGGACAUUUAAUUCAACAUUCAUUAACAUUGGCUCCAUAUAACGAAAUAGCCGGCAUGACUAAUUUAGAGUGGGACGUUGUGGAUGUCUGUUCAAAUUUCAUGGUCCACUGGUUAUACCAUUACGACACCGUGGCUUCUAUAAGUGGUCACGUCAACGACGGAAGUCCGCUCCCACAAGACAUUCACAAUAAAUUACAGUCAGAUCGAAUCCACAUGGCAGGUUAUACCUUAGCAGAACAAUUGUACAAGAGUGCUUUGGACUUGGAGUUAUAUUCUAAGAGAGAUUUUUGGUUGGACAUCUCCAGACACGUGUGGAUGUGCUACAUGCCGUUGCCGUUCGAUCAACAUGAUAAUCACCUUUGUUCUUUCAGAGAGAUAUUCUGUGAUGAAUUUCCUGCUUCGUACUUUUCUUUUCUGUGGUCAGAGAUGGUUGCAGCAGACGUGUUCAGUGCUUUUUGGGAAGUUGGAUUAGAUAAUAAAAAACAAAUCAAAGAAAUUGGUAGAAGGUUUCGCGAAACCUUCUUGUCUGUGGGCGGAGGACGACAUUCUAGUGAAGUGUUUCGACAAUUUAGAGGACGUGAUCCAUCUCCGGGUGCCCUACUGAAAAUUUACAAACUAAAAUAGUUAAGACUUUGGAUUUUAGUAACAUUAAGGAACUUAGUUUUGCGUUACAAUUAUGUAUUUAAUAUAAAAAGCAAUAAUUCUAAAUAACAAUUUUAGAAUUAAAGAUAAAUACAUUGUACAGUAAUUUGAAUAAAUAUCUUGUUUUUGUAUACGAGACAUUUGAAAGUUUAAAAAA